GUACUGCAAUAUCUGUAUCUGUGAUCUAUGCAGUUCUGUGCUACAAAAUUUCUCGUAUUUAAAAACUUAAAUAAAAAAAUACCAAAAAGGAAAAUGAAAUUACUUACACAUAAUAUGUUAACUUCUAAAUGUAUGAAAGGAGUAAGUGUUGGAUACCCCCUUGGAAUAAACGCAUCCGAUGUUAGGGUAUCCGAGGUAGACUUUAACCCUGAUUUUGUGGCAAAAAUGAUUCCAAAAUUAGAUUGGGAGGUUUUGUAUAAAGCCGCAGAAAGUAUUGGCCAACUGGAGGAUUUACCAAAAGAAAUUAUUGACAACUACGAAAGUGACCACGAAUUUUUAAAGAAAGUGCAUCAUGUUUUACUAGAAGUCGACAUCAUAAAUGGAGAAUUAGUUUGUCCGGAAUCUGGUAGAAAAUUCCCUAUAAAUAAUGGUAUUCCCAAUAUGUUACUAAAUGAGGACGAAAUAUAAACAUGUAAUAGGUAACUUAUUUUAUUUUUAUGAAAUCUGUAAUGUCUUGUUUUCGAUAGUAUUUGCUUUAUAUCUUACGACUAACUGGCUAGUGAAUAAACGAAUGGUAUAUAGUUUAUUACUGUUGGAAAUAUGUUUAAUAUUAAACUUAAUGUUAGAUAUC